UCCUCCAAAACUCCCAGACGGAGGGUUAGGGCGCAGAGCAACGAAAUAAAAGAAGAAAGAAAGGACGAAGGGCGUCCUGAGUCCUGUCUCUCGUCCGAGGCCCUGCCGCAUCUCCGCCGCCGCCGCCGCCGCCGCGGCCGCUGCUGCCGCUGCCGCCAUGUCCCAGUUCUUUGCAGGUAGGAUCAUUUUAGAGCAGAGUGCUCUCUCUUAUACGUGAUUGCAAGCAUGUUGCCGAUGGAUCCAUCGAAGAGGAACAGUUUUGAGCAGCAUAUUUGCGAAGAGGAUUUGGUUAUUGUAUAUGAGAGACAUGAUACCAUGAAGGCUAUCAAAAUGCAGAAGGGUUCAGUGUUCCAGAAUAGAUUUGGAAUUUUUAAACAUUCAGACUGGAUAGGAAAGCCUUUUGGGUCCAAGGUGCUGAGCAACAAGGGUGGUUUUGUUUAUCUCUUAGCCCCAACUCCUGAGUUAUGGACCCUGGUCCUGAGCCACAGGACUCAGAUUUUAUAUCUGCCUGAUAUUAGCUUUGUGAUAUCCUACCUGGAAAUUGUGCCUGGUUGUUUGGUUCUCGAGUCUGGCACAGGAAGUGGUUCUCUAACAACCUCUCUUGCUAGAGCUGUUGCUCCUUCUGGCCAUGUUUACACAUUCGAUUUUCAUGAGCAAAGGGCAACUUUGGCUAGGGACGACUUUGUGAGAAAUGGGUUGAGCAGCUUGGUUACAGUGUCUGUCCGGGACAUUCAAGGGGAAGGAUUUCCUGAAGAAUUCUGUGGGUCUGCUGACUCGGUGUUCCUUGACCUCCCCCAACCUUGGUUAGCAAUGCCAUCCGUUGGAAGAAUGUUGAAGCAGGAUGGUGUAUUAUGCUCAUUUUCUCCAUGCAUAGAGCAAGUGCAGCGCUCAUGUGAGGCUUUAAAAUCAAAUUUUACAGAUGUAAGGACAUUUGAGGUGCUUCUUCGGACUUAUGAAAUCAAAGAGGUAAGAAUGGAUGGAAAUGGAGGUGGUGAGGGUUCUCCUCUGGGGCCUUUCCCUCGCAAGAGAAGGCAAUGUUUGUCAGGUGAAGGAAACAAUGGAAGAAGUAUGGAACAAACUACUGCUGCCGUCAUGGUUAGGCCAAGCAGUGAGGCAAGAGGACAUACUGGAUUUUUGACAUUUGCAAGACUUGCAUGUAUCUGAUGUAGGUACUCUUAUGGAGGAUGGGGCUUUGCAUACACUGAAAACUGAGGACCUACCUGUAUUGGCUGUCAUUAAUAGCUGUUGAAGGAACAUUGUCUACCAAUGGUCUGCAGGUCCCAUAACACAGAAUGUCAAUGGCCUAAUAAGCCUUCAUCUAAUUAUUACUAUUUUGAGAAAGGGUCAGGCUAAGGUUCCUUACGAAUUACCUUUGCUUAUUUAGUGUGAUAAAUCGUGGCCAUGGCCAAUAUCAUGCGAGUGACUAAAUUGAUGGUGCGGAAUUUAGUUAAUGGUAAAUUGAACAAGAGUUGUUUCUACAUUGCA